CUAUUGGGAGAAGGUCAAAUGACUCCGCAUGUCUGUCUGUGUACAUUCCGGUGACGGCGCGCCCGAUGAGGACUCCGUCCCCGCCGGUUGUCAGAGCGGCAGCAGCGAGCAUCUCUGGCGGGACGCGGCGCCGUGAGCCUCCGGACGUCUGAAAAGGCAACAUCAAACCUCGACCUCCCAAAGCCUCUUAGCAAAAGAGAGAAGACGCUGCCAAGAUGUUCAGCACCAAAAGAUUAAAGCAGAAGUCUCAGUCGGUGGAUAUUGCCAGCCAAGGUUUUUCACCAAAGCUCGUUCCAGCCUCACCCCAAAACAAGGCUGCUCCGCCUGUUGCCAAGACAACCACCGGCCUCGUGGUGCAGGAAAACAACACCACCAACUCCCAGCUCCGCAACCCUCGAUGUGGAGAGCUCAAACGAGGCUACACCAUUGACACCGGCCAGAAGAAGACCCCGGAAAAGAAGGAUGGGAGGCGCAUGUCGUUCCAGAGACCCAAAGGGACCAUCGAAUAUUCAGUGGAAUCGCGGGACACUCUGAACAGCAUUGCGCUCAAGUUUGACACCACGCCCAACGAGCUGGUUCAGCUGAACAAGCUGUUCUCCAGAGCAGUGGUGCCUGGCCAGGUUCUGUACGUUCCUGAUCCCGAGUACGUCUCCAGUGUCGGAAGCUCUCCCUCCCUCAGUCCCAUCAGCCCCUUGUCUCCCACAUCCUCCGAAGCAGAUUUAGAAAAGGCAACGGAUUCUGAUGUCCUCCCCAGACCAGAUGCCGUUCAUCCUCCUGUCUUUUCCGCUCUACGCCAGUCCAGAGUGGUGUCAUCCACCUCCGAGGAGGAAGAGGCUCUCACGGAGAAGUUCCUCAAGAUCAACUGCAAGUACAUCACCGAUGGCAAGGGCGCGGUGAGCGGGGUGCUGCUGGUGACCCCCAACAACAUCAUGUUCGACCCCCACCGCAUGGAUCCGCUGGUUCAGGCCCACGGCUGCGAGGAGUACGGCAUCAUGUGUCCUCUGGAGGAGGUUCAGUCUGCCGCCGUCUGCAAGGAGAUCACCGACCCCAAGAUCAGAGAGAGCGUUCCAGAUGACCUGGAGCCUCUGCCAGCUGAGAGGCACCCCUCCCAGCAGAAGGACCCAGAGCAGCGCCUGAAGGAGCGGGGGGCCAGUGACGGUGGCAGCACAGUCCCCUGCAGCGCUGAAGGCUCCAUCUCCGAAGACGUCUUCACGGAGACGGAGCUGUCCCCCAUUCGGGAGGAGGAACAAGCAUCCACCGAGGACCUCCGCCUGGACAAGUCCUCCGGUGCUUCCUCCGAGUCUGUGCAGACCAUCACCCAGGUGGAGGCUGCCAGUUCGCAGGUCCAGGGUGAGGCCUGCAGCCAGCCGGAGGAGCCCCCAGAGGCCAAAGUAGAGGACAAUCCACCAGACACUGCCACAGAACAUGUCAGCCAGUCCCCACUGGCAUCCAAGCAGCACAGUGUAGAGAAGCCACCGAGCAUACCCACCACCACCAGCAGCACUAGCCAGGAUCCCAGCAGCAGCACCUCUCGUCCGGGGUCCCAGAGCUCAGCCAAUUCCAACCCAGCCGGUCCACAGGGGGAAGCCAACCAGGAGACCAACGUCUCCACAACAGACACUAUGCAACAAGGCCAGGAGGAGAAGGAGGACGCAAAGGAGACGCAAGCAGACGACUCUCAGACCUCAGCAGAGGGGACAGGGUGUGCCGGUAGACGGAAGCACCGUUCUCACAAGUUCCUGUGUCUGAGAGUGGGCCGGCCCAUGAAGAAGACGUUUGUUUCCAACGCCAGCGCCUCCAUGCAGCAGUAUGCCCAGCAGGGCAAGAAGCACGAGUACUGGUUCGCCGUCCCGCAGGAGAGAUCAGACCACCUGUAUGUGUUCUUUAUGCAGUGGAGCCCCGACAUGUACGGUGAGGGGGUAGGGGGGAUGGGACAGCCGGGGUUCAAGGUGGUCAAGAAGAACGAAGUGUCAGAAACGGCUGAGGAUGAGCCCAUCACCGACCUCAACGUGAAGGAGUGGGAGGUAGUGUCUCAUAUGGAGUACCACCGUCGGGUCGAUGCUCUAAACAGCGAGGAUCUGCGCUCGCUCUGCAAACGACUCCAGAUUACAACCAAGGAAGAGGUGAACUCCAAGCAGGGCACGUCCAUCAAAGCUGAGCUGGAGCCCGAGAGCUUCAAACCCAACCUCACUGAACCCAGUGAUCUGCUGGAGGCUGAGCAGAUCGAGAAGCUUGCCAAGAAUCUUCCCCCACGGACCAUUGGGUACCCCUGGAGGCUGGCAUUUGGUACGGCCAAGCAUGGCAUGAGCAUUAAGACGCUGUACAGAGCCAUGCAGGGCCAGGACACCCCGGUGCUCAUGGUGAUUAAGGACAGCGACGGCCAGGUGUUUGGUGCUCUGGCUUCUGAACCCUUUAAGGUCAGCGACGGCUUCUACGGCACAGGAGAGACCUUCCUUUUCUCUUUCUAUCCCGAGUUUGAGGUGUACAAAUGGACAGGAGACAACAUGUUCUUCAUCAAGGGGGACAUGGACUCUUUAGCUUUUGGUGGAGGAAGCGGCGAGUUCGGCCUGUGGCUGGACGGAGACCUCUACCACGGCAGGAGUCACUCCUGUAAGACAUUCGGGAACCCCAUGCUCUCCAAAAAGGAGGAUUUCUUCGUGCAGGACAUUGAGAUCUGGGCUUUUGAAUAACAGAGCGCUACAAAACAUGGGAAUAAAGAAAAAAGGUGAAGGACAAACUGAGGAGUCCUCGUUUUUGAACACUUGCGACGCCCCAAACCUGGCUGCACAUCACCAGGACUCCCCAGUCUGGAGGCCAGCUGUCGGAUGCUUGUUGUGCGUUACUACUGCAGUUAUUACGGAGCUUUGUUUUUCUUUGUGGAAAAUUACCUUUGUGUGUAUCUUGUUACAGCCUUGUGCAGCGUCUUUGCAGAGUAGGAGGGCUGAGAGGAGGGGGGGCGGGACCAGCAUUUGGAAAUGAGGGCUGGGGGCGCUGCAAGGAGACUGGACCGCCCCCUGAACCCGAUCAGAACCUCGAGUAGCUCCUGGCGCCCUCUCAGAAGUCUGCCCGCUCUCUGUGCUCUGAGACCCGGCUGAGGAGCGCCGCUGAACACAUUCCUUUAUUCUCGAGUGUGGAGUAUCCAAAGAAACGGGACAAAAAGGCUCACCGGCAGCUGGACGCGGUGAAGAGGAACUCCGAGGGCGUCUGCCGCGUGUGCAGCGGCUCCGUUCCGGCUUGAGGCGUAACAUAUUGAGUAUCGUGUAUCGUAGUCCUCCCGUCGUUCACCGUCACAGCACACCAUGGGAAAGCACAUAGCUAUAAUCAGACCAUCCAUCGUCGUAACGUUCUGUUCAGUGGGUGUACGUGUGAGUCCAGUUAUCGCCGGCUCCUCUCGCGGGACGCGAGCUGUACUGUUCGUAGACAGUAACGUGUUGCAAUAGAUUUGUGGAAUAUGCAAAUAACUGUCCUGUGACCUCAAAUAACCCGUGGGUCGUGGCACUUUCGCCGCCGCCCGUCGCUCUUCAAGAGAGAAACUGGCAAAGCUUUUUCUUGAUACACAAUUGAAUUAAAAAGCCUGAGACGUGGUUAUCUGUUUUACAUGCAUAUAUGACAAUUGUAUACAGGUAUAUAUGAUUAUAUAUGGGGAUAUAUAAUUGUAUAUAUGUUGCUGUUGAGUGUGACAGUGAUAUCUUUGUGCUGAUAUUUCAGCUGUUACUAUAUAAUGUAUAUUACCCUGUAAAUUAAUGUUAAAAUAGUAGAUUUGUUCCUAUAUAUAAAAAUACACAAUGCUAUAUAAAUAUAUAUAUAUAUAUAUAAACAAAAGUGUGGAUUGGUGGGUUGCUUCUAGCACUUUAAUCUGGUGUGAAAGUGAUGAGACCAGAUUCUUAAAUUCUCCUAGCAGUAGCUGUACAGUCUUUUUUUUUUUUUUUUUUAAUUUUUUAUUGUUUAGAUCCCAACGAGAACUGUUGGUGGGAAGUUUGCUGCUGCCGGAGUGAACGGGGAAUCACCCACACAGGUCUCCGGUGGUAGGAGGCCGAUCCGCCGCGCAGCAGGUCUGAGUUCUCCUCACGUGUCGGCCGGCGGAUGCUGCACAGGAACAGGAGGCUGUACAGGCCGUGACCCUCCCCCGUGGAGCCCUUUACCCUUUAUUCUGGUCUUCCACACCAGUAUUUGUGUCCUUGUGGAACGUCACAGAUAGAACAUGGAGAAUUCUUCCGAUUGUUUCACCAGAACAAUGUAUCAGUGAUGUAUAAUUAACAAUAAAGUUGAAUUAAUUGUU